GGGAGCAUAAUUCUUGAGGUUUUAUACGAUAUCGAAAAUAGUGCAAGAAACUGUGUACUCCAUGGAACAAGUUAUGAGGAACUUUGCAGUUUUAGCUGGGAUGAUGUAUGGAAGAACUUCAUACCAAACAGCCUCUUUUGGCUGAAGUUUUGUUGGCCGUAACAUUACCAACCAGUAAAAUAGGACAUUCUUCAGCAACCAAUUCACUAGUUCCAGUAAUCGGAGCAAUCUAUGGCAUGCUCAUGAAGCAGAGGUUUCAUGAACUAUCAUUAGUGCAGAAGGUUGUGACCAUCACACUUGCCAAUGAACAGACUCAUCAGAAAGUUUAUGAUCGGUUGCAACCACUUGGUAUUACUUUGAGCCACUCGGGAUUGUUGUCCACAAUGGAUACAAUAUCUGGACAUUUCAAGACUGAAUUAAUAGAUGCAAUAAAAGAAAGAAAACAAUUUCGAAUAGUUGGCGACAAUAUUAACUUUCAGCUUGGUGUUGCUCAUGCUAGGAAGAGUAGUGGUAAAAUUCGACACAUGGAACAUUGGUUUGGAUCCACUUCCAUAGUUCAGAACAUGUCUUUUGAUUACCUCUCUGACCAGUCACCUCAAUGUGAUCUAAGGAUUCUACCCGUUGCAAGUUUUCUGUUAGCAGAUGAUAAUUGGAAGUAUUUGAUAGAUGAUAUGAAUCGACCCGUUGCUAGAACUCUUACAGAAUUCUUUCCUUGGCUCAAGUUUGCCAAGAAAGCAGCAAAUGAGGACAUACUAGGAGAGCAUAGUCAACUUCUUCACGAGAAGAAUAAAGUAAUACCACUUCCUAUAAUGGCCAAAAACGAGCAAAAGUAUUCAGAUGUUGUUGACAUUCUCGACAGUUAUGAGUCACUAGUGAAUUCUGUUCAUAUAAGUGCUGGAAUGCCACCAGAGCCUGUACAUAUCGGCGGAGAUCAGUUGACUCGAGAACGAUUCUCUGGAGCCAAACGUCUCCGUGCCGCAGCAUUGACCCCAACAGAGAGAUUUGAAAACUUAAAGCCAAUUACAUUUGAAUUGUUUCACCUGCAAAUGACUGUGCUAUCUAGCUUUUACCAAAUUCUUUACCAUACAUCAAACACUGAAAUUUUCACAUUGCAUGCUAAAAAAAUCCGUUUACAACGAAAAGAUGCAGAUGGCUUGGAUGUCAAGAACCACUACAAUGACUGCAAGGAGUUGGCCGUCUCCUUCAUUAAAUCUUACAUAGUGGAGGCAGCAUGCGAGUACUUUCAGGUAGAAGAUACAAACGCUGUCCCCAAUAUUCAACUGCCUGACUGUACAAACAUGAGCAGCGAGGACAUCAACAAGUGGCUAUGUGAAUUAGUUAGGCCUUUAGAUGAAAGAGUCUUGCGUGACAGUAGAAAUGCUCUUGAUAAAAUUCAACCAGUUUCAGCCGAAAACCAUGAUUAUGGUUGUGACUCCAUGCAUGUAUAUGGCAAAGUUGUUCUUGAGAUUGGUCUGGUUUAUCUUCGGUUGAAUGAUGUCAUCAAAAUUCCAGACAGAAAUCGCCUACUGAGAACUUUGAAAUACUUGAUGGUGUUUCUAAAAGGCCACAACCACAGGUCAAAGUAUGCACUUGAAAUUCUGCAGUUUCUUUGUCAACAGCUUGCAAAACUCAGUGAAAAGGUUGCUAAUAGCAGUUUGUAUGGCCUGUUUGUUAACACUGGUGGGAAAACAAAUACCCAUAUACCAGCUGAUCUCCAGAUGGAGCAUCUUGUAAGAGUUACAAAGAACCAUCUCAAAUCCAUGUGUUCCAAUGUAUCAGAGGCAUCAAUGAAAAACAGAAGCUCAUCCUUUCAUGGAAUGAAUGAAAUCUCUGACAAAUAUGACACAGAAACGCAUGUUUGUAGACGGGCUCAGAAACACAAGACACCAUCUUCCUACCAAGAUGAGCUUCACUUAAUAACAGACUUGAGAUCAGUAAGACCUUUCCACCAUGUGUGUGGGCGGUGCAUUCAGUCACUGAAGAACAUGCCAAAGAAUCCAAUCACAAAACUCGAUAUGGAUGAACUCGUUUUGUGGAUUGAAAAACACAAACUCCAUAUGUACUACGACGUUGGGCAUUAA